CCACCUUCAGAUCCAGCUCCAGAGCCCCCGCUGGCUGCCAGGGAACACUGACCCCAAACCACUCUUCACCUGGACACAAUGAGAGUGUCAGGUCUGCUUCACCUCCUGGUCCUCAUUUUUGGCCUGGUCACCACAUGGGUCUUCGUCCGCAGAUAUAUCAACUUCAACAUGAAAACCAUCCUCCUGGAGAGGUGGGGCGACAUGCCCCGGACCAAGUGUGGCCUCAGCAAAUCCUGCCCAGACAACUUCUUUGCGUUUAAAAUCACCAGCGGGGCUGCCAACGUCGUGGGCCCCUCCGUGUGCUUUGAAGGCCAAAUGAUCAUGAGUCCUGUGAAAAACAACGUGGGCAGAGGCCUGAACAUCGCCCUGGUGAACGGAACCACGGGAAAGGUGAUGACACAGAAAUAUUUCGACAUGUACUCUGGAGAUGCUAACCUCCUGGUGAAAUUCCUUAAAGAAAUUCCAGAGGGCACGCUGGUGCUGGUGGCCUCCUACGAUGACCCGGGGACCAAGAUGAAUGAUGAAAUCAGGAAUCUCUUCUCCAACUUGGGCAGCACCUAUGCAAAGCAGCUGGGCUUCCGGGACAGCUGGGUCUUCUUGGGGGCCAGAGACCUCAACAGUAAAAGCCCCUUUGAGGAGUUCUUAAAGAACAACCCAGACGUGAAUAAAUACGACGGCUGGCCGGAGCUGCUGGAGCUGGAGGGCUGUGUGCCCCAGAAGGUAUAUUAGGGCGGCCGUGGCUCUU